AUGAUAACUUAUGCGGAGUCGACUGGCUUCGGCGACUGUGGCUCACUGGGCGGCGAGUCAUACGCUGGCUCUAAGGACUCUGUGGACACUGGCGGAGGCGACUGUGGCUCUCCGGGCACACUCGUCUCGCCCGCCCUCAACAUGCUGCCGCCACCGAUUGCGGCGGACUACGACUUGGAGCGGCAGCAGCGGCUAAACACGCUCGACCCAGACGAGACGGACGAGGAGGAGCUCGCCAAGAUUGAGACGCUGCGUCAGCACGUGUACGGUGCGCUGGGCAUCACCUCAGCAGACGAGGUGCCCGAGGACCUAUUCCCGCUCUUUGGCAAGUCCAGCCUCGUGCGCUUUGGGCGCGCCAAGCGGUGGAAAUACAAGCGGGCGACCAAGAUGUUUGUCGAGAUGCUGUGCUGGUACCGCUCCUAUGACCUGCCGCGACAGAUGCGGCAGUGGGAAAACGUCGACAGCGAGAGCCACGUCGGGCGGGUCUUCCAAAAGUACAUGCCGAUAGGCACCUUCGGGACGGACAAGCGCGGCGCCCCCGUCUUCUACUCCCUCCCGGAUGUGCGCGAGAUCGGCUUCGAGGCCUACGAGCGCGGCUCGCUCUACCUUAUUCACAAGACGGUGCGGAGCAUCGAGGACGUGUCCCUCGAGCGGGGCAGGCACCUCCUGCACGCGAACGUCGUCUUCGACAUGCAGGACGUCUCCUGGGUGAGGCUCAUCGCGAACCUCAAGCCCUUCGCCAGGCACGUCAAGACGCAGGACGACAACAUGCCAGAGCGGCUGUACACCUGCCUCGUCAUCCGGGCGCCGUUGGUCUUCACGGCCGCGUGGAAGCUCCUCAAGCCACUCCUGGCGACGGAGACCGUGGACAAGGUGUCCAUCCUGGGUCGGCGGGCUGGCCCCACGGCUUUGGGGGGACCAUCCCCGUGGGCGCCGGGAUGGAGCUGA